AUGGAUAAAUGGAGGGAUAUUUCUUUGUCGAAGGAGGAGAAGGAGGAGGGUGUUACAGCGGAGGUGGAGGAAGUUUGCGAAGAGGAGAUUUUUCAACAAACUUUGGCUGGGAAGUUGUGGACAGACAACAAUUUUAACGCUAGGGCUUUCACCAAUUCCAUGAUAGGGGCUUGGAAGUUGAAGCAUCAGGUGGAAACUCAAGAACUUAGCAAGAAUCUAUUCCUUUUUCGUUUCGCCACCAAAAGGGAUCUGGAGAGUGUCUUGCAAAAUGGACCUUGGAGUUUCGAUAGGAACCUUCUGAUUCUCACACGGGUGUCGCGGGAGGAACAACCAUCAGCGCUUAACAUGCACUUUGGGGUCUUCUGGGUCAGGAUCUGCGAACUCCCCUUAAUGCUUAGAACAAAGGCGAUGGCGAGAAAGUUGGGUGGAAUACUGGGUUCGCUUGAAGAAGUAGACCAAAAUGACGCUCACAGAAAUGGACGUUUCCUCAGGAUUAAGGUCUCUAUUGACCUCAAACAACCUCUAAAAAGGGGAACGGUGGUUCGUUUUAAGGAGAAGAAUCUGCGGGUUUUCUUUAAAUAUGAGAGGCUUCCAACUUUCUGCUUUGUGUGUGGCAAAGUAGGGCACCAACUGAAGGACUGCGAUUCAGUGGGGGAAUUGAGUGAGGAGGGUUUUGAAGAACUGGAAGAACAAGAGCUAUCUUAUGGCACUUGGCUUAGGGCAUCUCCGCUUCCCAAAAUCAAUGAUGAUCAGAGAAAGAAAGAGUCAAAAUCCAGAUUUUGCAGCAAAAGUUUAUUCAACAUCUCCUCAGGACAGAGUGGGUGCGAUUCAAAGAAUAAAGAGAAGGAAGGAGAAGGGGAGGUUGGGAAAAAGGAAGCGACUGAACUUGGGAAAAAGAACAAGGAAGUGAUACAGGAUAAUGUUGAAAAUACUGGAAAACAGGUGUUGGAAAUAGAAGCCGUGGCGGAAUCGUUGGGAGCUUUUGACAUUUCCAAUGUGGGGAGUGGCAAAGCUAUCACUUUAAAAGGGUCUUGUGCUAGAAAGAAGAAAUGGACAAGGAAACCAGCAACAAGGAAGGCUCAAUCUAGCCAGGGGAAGAAAUUGGAGGCUGAAAUUGAAAAACGUCCCUUAGUUGAUGUUAUGAUUGUGGAUGGAGAUGUUGGAGAAUGUGGUAAUGGAGAAAAAAAGAGGAAGAGCCAGUUGGAGUCGAACGAAUGCCCCGUCGCAGAACCAGAGGUGGUGUUAGAAAAUCAACACCGCCUACCCCAAUGA